AUGGAUGAGGAGCAACAAGGUCAAUCGAGCGCUGUUGUCGAUGAACACCCCGAGCUACAAUAUUACACUGUGCUAAACCUUUCGCCUGACGCUAGUCGUGAAGAUGUGCGUGCUGCAUAUCUGCGUCUGAGUCAGCUGUACCAUCCGGAUCGCCAACCGGACCCGGUGCUCAAACAGCGGGCAACAGAGCUCUUCACUCGCAUCAGGGAGGCCUACGAAGUGUUAUCGCAUCCUCUGAAACGCCAGGUCUAUGAUGCGUACGGCACGGAGGGCCUUCGCUUCCUCGAGUCCACACAAGUUACCACUUACGCCGCAGUACGUGCGUACUUUGGUGAGCGAGGCAGCCAGCCCCAGCGGCGUACACGAGGUAAGAGGAAGCCACACUCAGCGCGUCAUGAGAACACCGACGAGCUCACUGCGGAAACACUCUUGGCUGUAAACCAUGCGGUGCAGGUCACGGUGGACGGCACCGGGCUGGUGCAGCUGCUUCCGGACCUGGUGGCCGGCGAGUCACUCUACUGGCGCUCAGCGAUCGUCGUUCGCGGGGCUGCACUAGAUACCCAGGGUUCGUGGUACCUGACUCCUAAGGACUGCUUGUCAUGGCAGUAUCAGGUCGCAACCAGUAGGUCCGCGGGCGUCAUGAGCGACGACGACGACGACGAUGAUGAUGAUGACGAAGACGACGACGACGAUAUGGACGACGACUUCGGCGAGGACGGCCAAACUGACGAACACAACGAGAAUCAGGACCCCCAUACAAGUACUUGGGAGUCGUCAACAGUCGACUCGGCACAUGAGCGGCGCUCUAGCGCAGCCUAUGCGUCAGGCUCGACCAAUGCGACCAGCAAAUCGUCAUCUAGAGCGCCCGGGACGACUUCUCGGGAUGAUGACGCCCAUUUGCGAGGCACACCGCCAAUGUUGAAGCACGCUCGUGAUGAGCCUUUAUUCCGGAAGCUAACGCAGGUACAAUGCCGGGGUAUCAGCGUCUCGUAUCGGCGCCUUGUGUCUUCCGAGCAAAUGAUGGAAGCUGGCCUAGCCUGGGCUGGAUCACCGUCUCGCACUGGUGCGACGCUCUUUGCCGAUGAUUCAUGGACAGCACGUCCACUGCUUUCGGGAAAGCUGUGGCGUCGUGUGAGUCCGCACGCUUCGCUUGCGCUUGAGGCGUCGUACGCUCUUGGGCGCGACCAGCGACCCGAGCUGGUGCUGAGUCACGCUCGUCAGAUCUCGGAGAGGUGGCAGGGCCAUCUAGCCUGGGCCGCUGGACCUGCACCCGGCUACAUGGCUUCUUUUGUCUACGGAGCGGAACAGUGGAAUGCAGCUUUUACCGUGAACCUGGGUCUUGGCGCCAGCGGCAUCAAGUUCACCCUCCGACGGCUCUGUGAUCAGGCUCAGACGAUCAUUGCGCGACUGCGAGCGCACUUGUCGUUAUCGGGCUGGUCCCUGGAGACCGGACUUGCCAAAGAACUCGCUUUGGAUAGUUAUGUGGCAGUUGCAGCGCGCGUAUCGCAUGUUGGCGUGGCACUGCGACUGAGACUAAGUCGAGCCGGUCACCGCCUAACGGUGCCGAUCCUUUUGUUUCCGAACCCGGACCCGUUGGCGUUUGUCGCUGUGGCGAGCAUUGGGGCAACAACUGCAGCUGCAAUUGAAUACCUGGCGCUUCGACCGCUGCGGCGGCUAGCACAGGAGCGCAACCGACGUCGAAUACGCGAACGUGUCUAUCAAAAACUCGUUGAACGGCGGCGUCAGGCACUUGAGGAGCGCGAGUUGUUGCGACCACAAGCGGCUCGUUCGCGAGCACUCGAGCAGCAGCGCAACGGUCUGGUGAUUGUUCGAGCGCUCUACGGUGCCGCAGAAGUCGUACGGCGAAUGCAUUCACCGGACGUGCCAGUUGCAGUCAUCGAUGCACUCGAAGACGUCUGUGAUGUCACCGAUGCCCUGCAAGCGCUGGUUGACGAUCGGGAUUCGAGUUUGCGGCUCUACGCUACGAGCAAGGCAGCGCUGACGGGAUUCUUCGACCCAACCAUGGGCGAUGCUGAGCUUGCCUUGCGUAUUUGGUAUUUGCUGCGUGGGGAGCCUCUCCAGGUGACCAUCGGGGAUCUGGAUCCGCUCUAUAUAGGCGCAGAUACCUGA